AUGACAACCAUCAUCCAGCCCCUUCCUACAGAGUAUGAGCUCCAGUUCCGGCUGUCAGCUGACGGUUUCCACCCGACGUACACAGUUGACCAGAUAAAGCAAUCUUCAAGCAACUGUGAGUUAAUAACUUUCUUUGGCAAAGUUCUCCACCUCGCUGAACCUACUGUAGUAGGUGCGAAGAACCUCAAACUUGUAGAGAGUACGUUUGCAGAUACUACCGGACAAAUAACCAUAAAUUUGUGGGCAGAACUAACACAAGAAAUGGAAACUGGAAAGGUAUAUCGCAUCGGUCCCAUACAGGUUAGAGGCUGGAAUGGAAUUAAGAAACUAAGUACCACCCCCAACUCCGUCAUCACUUCAGUUUCUGAUCAAGCAGAACUAACUAACCUUCCCAUACCAGAACCAACACCCGAUGGCGAACAGAGUACAAUUGGAAUCCUAGUCUGCCCUCCAUUCACAGCAUGCAUGCAGUGGAAACCUUUGUCCGUUGCAUAA